AUGCAGGCCGGAGACCAGGCCGCAGGGGGCGCAGCGGGCGAUGCUGAUGGUCCAGGAGGCCCAGGACCAAAGCAUGGACAGCUCUUCCGAUCUGUACAUGAGUUGGUAAGGGCUCCCCAAGGCUCAGGGGCAGCAAGGGCCUCGGGGCCGGAAGGAGGUGACCCUCAGGGGCCACGUGGCGGCGCGGCUUCUGCCCAGAAUGGAAGCUGCCCGUCUGGGGCUAGGGGGUCAGACAGCCAUCUGCUUCAGUUCCACAUCACGAUGCCUUUCCUGUCGCCCAUGGAAGCGGAGCUAGCCCGCAGGAUCCUGGCCCGGGAUGCCGCACCGCUCCCCCGACCAGGGGAGGUUCGGAAGGAUUUCACCGUGUCCGGCAACCUACUGGUUAUCCGACUGGCUGCUGCAGAUCCGCGCCAACUCCAGGUCUCCAUCGGCUCCUGUCUCCAGCAGCUUUCCCUGUUGAUGUGGAUCAUGCAGAGCUUUGUGCCCGUGUUUUUGGCUCUGCUUUCCUCAGGACAGAGGGGCUAAGCCCAGCCUGGCGCCCCUUCCUAGGUCGUGCGUCCUCCCCUGGGGAAGGUCCCUGCACGAGUGGCCACUUCAUUGUGGGGGCCUGAUUGUUUGUCUGUCGCUGGAGGAGGGUGGUUUACAUGUUUGUUUCUGCAGAAAAUAAAACUGAGCUCCUAUUCC